GCGGCGUCUGGAAGAGGCCGGAAGUGCGGGCUGGGGAGAGCGUGGGCAAAGAACCCGAAGCGGGCUCCGCGGGAGUCGGGCUGGGGCAGGGGUCCAGCUGCAGGUUUUGCGGGCUGCUAUGAAGCGGGACGUGCGCAUCCUGCUGCUGGGCGAGGCCCAGGUGGGGAAGACGUCCCUGAUCCUGUCGCUGGUGAGCGAGGAGUUCCCCGAAGAGGUCCCACCCCGAGCAGAAGAGAUCACAAUUCCCGCAGACGUCACCCCAGAGAAGGUGCCCACUCACAUCGUGGAUUCUUCAGAAGCUGAGCAGACGGUGGAGGAACUCCAGGAUGAGAUUCAUAAGGCAAACGUGGUGUGUGUGGUGUAUGAUGUGUCUAAGGAGGUCACCAUCGAGAAGAUCCGAACCAAAUGGAUCCCACUGGUGAAUGGAGGGACUGAGCAGGGCCCCAGGGUCCCCAUCAUCCUGGUGGGCAACAAGUCAGACCUGCGGCCAGGAAGCUCCAUGGAGGCUGUGCUGCCCAUCAUGAGCCAGUUCCCUGAGAUCGAGACCUGUGUGGAGUGCUCAGCCAAGAAUCUGAGGAACAUCUCGGAGCUGUUCUACUAUGCCCAGAAGGCCGUGCUGCACCCCACAGCUCCGCUUUAUGACCCUGAGACCAAGCAGUUGAGGCCUGCGUGCACCCAGGCCCUCACGCGCAUCUUCAGGCUCUCAGACCAGGAUCUGGACCAGGCGCUCAGUGAUGAGGAGCUCAACACUUUCCAGAAGUCCUGUUUUGGGCACCCCCUGGCCCCGCAGGCCCUAGAGGAUGUGAAGAUGGUGGUGCGCAAGCAUGUGGCAGGAGGCGUGCGGGACGACCGGCUGACCCUGGACGGCUUUCUCUUCCUGAAUACGCUCUUCAUCCAGCGUGGCCGCCACGAGACCACGUGGACCAUCCUGCGGCGCUUUGGCUAUGGCGACACGCUCGAGCUGUCCGCUGACUACCUCUCCCCUCCGCUCCACGUGCCCCCUGGCUGCAGCACGGAGCUCAACCACUUUGGCUACCAGUUUGUGCAGAGGGUGUUUGAGAAGUAUGACCAGGACCAUGAUGGUGCCCUCUCCCCGGAGGAGCUGGAGGGCCUGUUCAGUGUGUUCCCAGCAGCCCCCUGGGGCCCUCAGCUCCUGCAAGAGGUCCCAACCAAAGCAGGCCGUCUGCCCUUGCACGGGUACCUCUGCAAGUGGACCCUGGUGACUUACCUGGACGUCCGGCGCUGUCUGGAGCACCUUGGCUACCUGGGCUACCCCACCCUCUGCAAGCAGGACUCCCAGGCCCAUGCCAUCACAGUCACCCGUGAGAAGUGGCUGGACCAGGAGAAGGGACAGACGCAGAGGAACGUCCUCCUUUGCAAGGUGGUGGGGGCCCGCGGAGUGGGCAAGUCUGCCUUCCUGCAGGCCUUCCUCGGCCGUGGCCUAGUGCAUCAGGACCCCAGGCAGCUCCACAGGCCGCCUGCCAUCUACGCUGUCAACACGGUGCAGGCCAACGGGCAGGAGAAGUACCUCAUACUGUGUGAGAUGGAUGCAGACAGCCUGCUGUCUUCUGCUACUGAUGCCGCCUGUGAUGUCGCCUGCUUGAUGUUUGAUGGUAGUGAUCUCCAGUCCUUUGCGCUCUGCACCCACAUCUACAAGCGCCAUUACAUGGAUGGGCAGACCCCCUGCCUCUUCGUUUCCUCCAAGGCUGACCUGCCUGAGGGUGUCUCACUGCCUGGCCUGUCUCCAGCUGAGUUCUGCCGCAGGCACCGGCUGCCUGCCCCUACUGUGUUCUCUUGUGCCAGCCCAGGAGAGCCCAACACAGCCAUCUUCACCCAGCUUGCUACCAUGGCCGCCUUCCCGUGGGUGCCUGGUCCAUGGGGAGCUGCACCCCACCUCCUUCUGGCUCCGGCUGACACUGGGGGCUGUCGGGGCUGCUGUUGCUGCCGUCCUCAGCUUUUCACUCUACAGGGUCCUGGUGAAGAGCCGAUGAGGCCCUGGUACCCUGCAGCCUGGUCUCAGGGCCCCAGGAUGCUGCCGUCAGGCCACCUUGAGGCGUUUCCUUCCGUCUAAAUGUUGCUUCUGAGGGCAGACUGCCCACUGCCGAGCCCCACUGGUGGGCUCCCAGGUGCUUUUGUGGGCGUGGUGUUGCAGAGACUGUGGGGUGAGGAAGCCAGUGACCCAGACCUGAAUUCUCAGAGCUCCACCCUUCAUGGUCCCAGGCAGCCAGUGGGUAUGAGGGGGGUUAGAGAGCAGAGCACUGAGCCAAAGGAGGUGUGGGCAGGAAGUGGCUGGACUAUUGUGCUGGUCCCUCCCCCGCCACUGGAAGACUGGUCCAGGGCUGCACCCCUUGCGGAAGAUGUGAGGUUGGAUUUCCUGAUUAAACUUAAGUCUUUUCCAUCUUGGA